AUGUUACAGGCCUACACUAGUGUGCCCAAAGCCCUUCGGUUACUGAAGGGCUACCCAGACCUGGCCAAGGUGAUGAACAUGACCCAGUUCCACACCAAGAUGUUGGACAACGUGCAGGAGAUGCUUCACAAAACCUCAGAUCUCUCCAUCCUCUGGUCAGUGGUGCUAGUCUACUCCACCAUGGGCCGCAUCCAGAACCAACCUCUAGCCCCUAGGUACGUCUGUAGAUCAGAACCAACCUCUAGGUAUAUAUUUGGAUCAGAACCAACCUCUAGGUACGUCUGUAGAUCAGAACCAACCUCUAGGUACGUCUGUAGAUCAGAACCAACCCCUAGGUACAUCUGUAGAUCAGAACCAACCUCUAGGUACGUCUGUAGAUCAGAACCAACCUCUAGGUAUAUCUGUAGAUCAGAACCAAUCCCUAGGUACAUCUGUAGAUCAGUAGGGAUUGGAUAAAAGCAAUAUGGAAAAAACGUCCACCUAGCCUAUCACUUAGUCUACGAUAUUGCCGAUAUCAAAACCAUUUCAGAUCCACAUGAUGUGCAUAGGAUCUAGGGACUAGGGUCUAGGAUCUAGGGACUAGGAUCUAGGGUCUUGGGACUAGGGCAGGGGUCCCCAAUAGGGUCUAGGAUCUAGGUGCUAGGAUCUAGGGUCUAGGGACUAGGGUCUAGGAUCUAGGGACUAGGGACUAGGGUCUAGGAUCUAGGGUCUAGGGACUAGGGUCUAGGAUCUAGGGUCUAGGGUCUCGGAUCUCGGGACUAGGGACUAGGGACUAGGGACUAGGGUCUUGGAUCUAGGGACUAGGGACUAGGGUCUCGGAUCUAGGGACUAGGGUCUAGGGACUAGGGACUAGGGUCUAGGGACUAGGGUCUAGGAUCUAGGGACUAGGGUCUAGGGACUAGGGUCUAGGAUCUAGGGACUAGGAUCUAGGGUCUAGGGUCUCGGAUCUCGGAUCUAGGGACUAGGGACUAGGGUCUAGGGACUAGGGUCUAGGAGCUAGGGACUAGGGACUAGGGACUAGGGACUAGGGUCUAGGGACUAGGGUCUAGGAUCUAGGGACUAGGGUCUAGGAUCUAGGGACUGGGGACUAGGGUCUAGGGUCUAGGAUCUAGGGACUAGGAUAUAGGGACUAGGAUCUAGGGUCUAGGGCAGGGGUGUCAAACUCAUUUUAGCUCAGGGGCCACAUGGAGGAAAAUCUAUUCCCAAGUGGGCCAGACCGGUAAAAUCAUGGUAUAUAUAUAACUUAAAAACAACAACUUCAGAUUUUUUUUGUGUUUUAAUAUGAUCAACAUAAAACAUAAAGCUGGAGCCUGAGGACAGUGUGUCCAAAAUAGUACAAGCACAACAUCACUAUUAAUCAUAAAACACCUCAAGUUUAUUUGAAAAUUCUAAAGAAAAAGAACACACAAACACACAAUGCCUCAGUGAUUCACAGAAGUAUAUCACAGAUCACAGAACUAUAUCAGGGUGUCUCAUGCAGCACUUUAAGUGGGGUUGCAUAGUUUAUUUGACUCCUGAUACCUGGCAUCUUUUAGCUUUCACCAGCGCAUCAAUAUCAGGCGUCACAUCCUGAGUGGCAGCCAACUUCAGGAUGUGAUUCAAGUGCUUGUGCGUGAGCCUUGAGUGCAGCUUUGUUUUAUUUAUGCUCAUUACAGAGAAAACUUGCUCACAAAGAUAUGUGGUUCCAACCAUGCACAACAGUUUUGCAGCGAGGGCUGUCAAGUUGGGGUAACCUGGCAAGAGAUUCUGAUAAAAUGUGUCCAAGCCAGCUGCGGCAAAUUUGCCCUUCAAAUCCGAGUCACACUGCAAGUCUAUUAUUUAAAGUUGGAUGCUGACGGGCAGAUCAGAGGGAUUCAUGGUGAAUGGCGACCAAAAAACGUUGAAGUCCUUCUCCAGCUCACCAAAAAUCUGAAAGUGUUGCUCAAACUCCCGUAACAGACCCGUUAUUUUAUCUUUGAACCGCUUCAUGUCUGCCACAUGUUGGGUUGCGCACACAUUUUUCAGACAGGGGAAGUGAGCUGCAUCACCACCGGCGAGUUGCGUCUCCCACAAUGACAGCUUCAACUUGAAAGAACGUAUGCUGUCAUAAUACUGUGUGACAACUUUGUUGCACCCUUGCAGCUGUUUGUUCAAGUUAUUCAGGUGCUCUGUAACAUCCACCAUAAAUGCAAGGUCCUGCAUCCAUUCUGCGGAAUGAAAUUCUAACACUGGUUUGCCCUUUUCUUCCAUGAACUGUUCAAUUUCUUCUCGUAAAUCAAAGAAAUGCCUCAGCACAGCACCUCGGCUUAACCGUCUUACCUCAGUGUGGUAUGGCAGGCCAUAGAUGUGGUCUUUCUCUCUGAGAAGGCUGUCAAACUGACGGUGAUUCAGGCUUCUGGAUCGGAUUAAAUUAACAGUUUGGAUGACCACCUUCAUGACGUUAUCCAUCUUUAAUGACUUGCAACACAAAGCCUCCUGGUGCAAAAUACAUUGAAAAGUCCAAAAAUCACGUCCUCCAUUUGCAGAUUGCACUUUCUCUCUGAACUUUGUCACAACGCCUGCUUUUUUCCCUAUCAUUGAGGGCUCACCAUCUGUAGCCAGGCUGACAGCGAGGGACCAGUCCACUCCGACCCUGUCCAGCGCGCCGACGAGUGAGGUGAAAAUAUCAGCUGCUGUCGUUGUAUCUGUCAUCGGGCACCAACUCCACAAACUCCUCGGUGACGGUCAAUGUGUCAUCAACUCCGCGGAUGAAAAUGGCCAGUUGUGCAACAUCUGUAAUGUCCGUGCUUUCAUCAAUUGCAACCGAAAACGCAAUAAAUGACUUUACGUUUUGCUUCAACUGGCUGUCCAAAUCCACUGAAAGAUCGGAAAUCCUGUCUGCAACUGUGUUUCUUGUCAGGCUGAUAUUUGCAAAAGCCUGGCGCUUUUCAGGGCACACAAUCUCCGCUGCCUUCAUCAUGCAUGUUUUUACAAAUUCACCCUCACUAAAUGGUUUUGAAGCCACUGCGAUUUCAUUAGCAAUGAGGUAGCUAGCUUUCACUGCAGCGUCAUUGAUGUCUCGGCUGUGAGUAAACACAGACUGCUGUUUCUUCAGACCCGCCAACAGUUCAUUCACCUUUUCUCUUCUCCGCUGUCCUUGAAAGUUGUCAUAUUUGUUGGCAUGAAGACUCACAUAGUGGCGACGAAGGUUAUAUUCUUUCAGCACUGCAAUAUGCUGUGAACACACCAAACAGACAGCUUUCCCAUUCAAUUCCGUGAAUGAAUAGGAGGAUGACCAUUUUUCUUGGAACACUCUGCACUCUGCGUCCACUUUUCUCUUUUUGACAGAGACAUAUUGGGGCAAUGAGGGUGCCAAAGCACAUAAUGUUAAAAGUAGAAGCCGUAAUAAAUAUCGCGGGCAAAACAUCUGGACUGGCUGCAGUUGCUUGACCUACUUGCUCUGCCCCGGUAUAAACAGUUUGCUUGCUUAACACAAUUGCUAUUGCGCCAUCCAGUGGACGCAAUUGGAACAGCAGUUUAUUUUAUUUAAAAAUUGCAGCCCAUUUUUAUACUUUACAAAAUCAUCUCGCGGGCCGGAUUAAACCCGUUUGCGGGCCUGAUCCGGCCCGUGGGCCGGACGUUUUACACCCCUGGUCUAGGGUCUAGGGUCUAGGGUCUAGGGUCUAGGGUCUCGGAUCUAGGGACUAGGGUCUAGGGACUAGGGUCUAGGGUCUAGGGUCUAGGGUCUAGGGUCUAGGGACUAGGGUCUAGGGACUAGGAUCUAGGGACUAGGAUCUAGGGACUAGGGACUAGGAUAUAGGGACUAAAAUAUAUAGGGACUAGGGACUAGGGUUUAGGGACUAGGGUCUAGGGUCUAGGCUCUAGGGACUAGGGUCUCGGAUCUACGGACUAGGGUCUAGGGACUAGGAUCUAGGGACUAGGGUCUAGGGACUAGGAUCUAGGGACUAGGGUCUAGGGACUAGGGUCUAGGGACUAGGGUCUCGGAUCUACGGACUAGGGUCUAGGGACUAGGAUCUAGGGACUAGGGUCUAGGGUCUCGGAUCUACGGACUAGGGUCUAGGGACUAGGAUCUAGGGACUAGGGUCUAGGGACUAGGGUCUAGGGACUAGGAUCUAGGAUCUAGGAUCUAGGGUCUAGGGACUAGGGUCUCGGCUCUAGGGACUAGGGUCUAGGGUCUAGGAUCUAGAGACUAGGGUCUAGGGUCUAGGGUCUAGGGUCUAGGGUCUAGGUUCUAGAGACUAGGGUCUAGGGACUAGGGACUAGGGUCUAGGAUUUGGGUCUAGGGUCUAGGGACUAGUGUCUAGGAUCUAGGGUCUAGGAUCUAGGAACUAGGGCCCACACAUGUAUUCAGGAAAAGUGUGUGCAAAGCUGUCAUCAAGGCAAAGGGUGGCUAUUUGAAAAAUCUCAAAUAUAAAAUACAUUUUGAUUUGUUUAACACUUCUUUGGUUACUACAUGAUUCCAUAUGUAUUAUUUAAUAAUUUUGAUGUCUUCACUAUUAUUCUACAAUGUAGAAAAUUGUAAAAAAAAUUAAGAAAAACCCUUGACUGAGUAGGUGUGUCCAAACUUUUGACUGGUACUGUAUGUAACACCAUGGUUGCGUUCCAAAUGGCACCCUAUUAUCUAUGGGCCCUAGUCAAAGGUAGUGCACAAUAUAGGCAACAGGGUGCCAUUUGGGACGCAGACAAUACAGUGUGUGUUAACUCCUAAAGACUGAGAUAUGACUCCUAUAUAUUUCACUGCUAAAGACUGAGAUAUGACUCCUAUAUAUUUCACUGCUAAAGACUGAGAUAUGGUGGUGUUUUUCUCUAGUUUCUACCCACGGGUGUUGGAGAAGAUGUUCUCCCAGAGCAGUGAGGAGGUUUCUGUACGGCGCUACCUCAUGUCUUUCCCUCUGGUUUGCUCCCUCUCCAGCCAUAGUGUCCACCAGCAGUAUCCAGAAGAGGUUGGUAUUGGGCUACAGAGACACCAUCUGGCCUCAAGCUGGGUAUCCUGCUGUAAUAACAUAUUUAAACUGGUCAUGUUAAAUUUAAAGUUAGCCAAUGCACUUUUCCUGACCACGUUACAUGGCUACGAAAAUUGUUGGUUGUAUUUUCGGCUGGGUAGUUUUUUCAGGUCAGGUCACAUCACAUCAAGUACUGAAUGGUGAAAACAAUUAUCACUUUAGUGUGGAGCAUCUCAGUAAAUUUGGGGGGAAAAAAACAGAAAAAACUAAUUUUAGCGAUAAAUAUGGUAAAGUCUGAGAGACAUCUCUUUGUGUUUCUUGUUGUUGUCUAGACGGAGGCAGUUGAGAAGAGGAGUCUGUGUGACUUUCCUGGAGGACAUCGCCAGACAGAACAGCUCUGUCGUCUUUGAGAUAUGUGCUGAACAGUGCAGCCUCAAUGACCAGGUGUGUGUGUGUGUGUGUGUCUGUAUGUGUGUGUGUGUGUGUGUGUGUGUGUGUGUGUGUUCGAGAUAUCCAACCUCGAUGACCAGGAUUCUGGGGGAAGGGUACAGGUCACACAACUAAUUAACUAUAAGAUUGAUGCAGCCAAUUGACAGUAUUUCCAAUUAUAUUGCAACACCCUCGUGGUCACUGCGCUCGAUUUAAAGGUACAAUUUGGCAUCUGGGAAUCUUUUCAAUGGUAAUUUGAAUUCUACAUAUUUACCCGUUAAUGAAGCAAAUCCCAGAUUGUAGCUUUAAUGUAGGAGUGUGCUAGUGGAAAGACAGUGAGAAGGUGAAGAGGAGAUGGUGUAACGAGAGAAGGUUGUUUUUCUCUAUGCUGGAAAACAUUGUGAGGGUGUUUACUUUAGUUUAGGCUCCUGAGAGGUUGCAGCGUAGCAGGAAAAAGUAAAAUCACUAAUUUAUUUUUCUGUAAACACUGCAAGCAAUGUAUAACAGACUUAAAUGGAAAACGUAUAUUCUAAUACUGUUUCUUCUGUGUGGUCCUCUUAAUCAUGUUCCCUAUUAGCUGUUGCCCAAACACUGUGGCCAGACCGUAAGCGCAGCUCGCAAUAAGAAUCAGAAGAAGCAGACGCCGAGAAAAGGAGAGGGGUAAAGAGAGAAACCUGGCACAGACAGACAGAGGACAGACCGCGGACAGACAGAGGACAGACCGCGCCAUCGUCACCAAGUCAGUGCUUUUACCCCUCUUUAACCCCCUAUAUCUCUCUAUCCCUCUCUCCAUCCCUCUAUCCCUCUCUAUAUACCUCUAUCCAUCUAACAUCCCUCCAUCCCUCUCUAUCCCCCUCUAUACCCCUCCAUCCCUCUAUAACCCUCUAUCCCUGUCUAUAUCCCUCCAUCCAUCUACAGUGCCUUGCAAAUGUAUUCAUCCCCAUUGGCAUUUUUCCUAUUUUGUUGUCACAUGGUCUAUCACAUGUUCUGAAAGGCCCCAGAGCCUGCAACACCACUAAGCAAGGGGCACUACCAAGCAAGCGGCACCAUGAAGACCAAGGAGCUCUCCAAACAGGUCAGGGACAAAGUUGUGGAGAAGUACAGUUCAGGGUUGGGUUAUAAAACAAUAUCAGAAACUUUGAUUAUCCCACGGAGCACCAUUAAAUCCAUUAUUAAAAAAUUGAAAGAACAUGGCACCACAACAAACCUGCCAAGAGAGGGCCGCCCACCAAAACUCAUGGACCAGGCAAGGAGGGCAUUCAUCAGAGAGGCAACAAAGAGACCAAAGAUAACCCUGAAGGAGCUGCAAAGCUCCACAGCGGAGAUUGGAGUAUCUGUCCAUAGGACCACUUUAAGCCGUACACUCCUCAGAGCUGGGCUUUAUGGAAGAGUAAAGCCAUUGCUUAAAGAAAAAAAUAAGCAAACACAUUUGGUGUUCGCCAAAAGGCAUGUGAGACACUCCCCAAACAUAUGGAAGAAGGUACUCUGGUCAGAUGAGACUAAAAUUGAGCUUUUUGGCCAUCAAGGAAAACGCUAUGUCUGGCGCAAACCCAACACCUCUCAUCACCCCGAGAACACCAUCCCCACAGUGAAGCAUGGUGGUGGCAGCAUCAUGCUGUGGGGAUGUUUUUCAUCGGCAGGGAAACUGGUCAGAAUUGAAGGAAUGAUGUAUGGCGCUAAAUACAGGGAAAUUCUUGAGGGAAACCUGUUUCUCUCUUCCAGAGAUUUGAGACUGGGACGGAGGUUCACCUUCCAGCAGGACAAUGACCCUAAGCAUACUGCUAAAGCAACACUCAAGUGGUUUAAGGGGAAACAUUUAAAUGUCUUGGAAUGGCCUAGUCAAAGCCCAGACCUCAAUCCAAUUGAGAAUCUGUGGUAUGACUUAAAGAUUGCUGGACACCAGCAGAACCCAUCCAACUUGAAGGAGCUGGAGCAGUUUUGCCUUGAAGAAUGGGCAAAAAUCCCAGUGGCUAGAUGUGCCAAGCUUAUAGAGACAUACCCCAAGAGACUUGCAGCUGUAAUUGCUGUAAAAGGUGGCUCUACAGAGUAUUGACUUUGGGGGGUGAAUAGUUAUGCACGCUCAAGUUUUCUGUUUUUUGGUCUUAUUUGUUGUUUGUUUCACCCCAAAAAAUAUUUUGCAUCUUCAAAGUGGUAGGCAUGUUGUGUAAAUCAAAUGAUACAAACCCCCCAAAAAUCAUUUUUAAUUCCAGGUUGUAAGGCAACAAAUUAGGAAAAAUGCCAAGGGAGGGGGGUGAAUACUUUCGCAAGCCACUGUAUAUACCCCUCCAUCCCCCCAUCCAUCUCUAUACUCCUCCAUCCCUCUCUAUUUACGUAAGUAAUCACACCCCUGCGUCAUUACAUGUUAGAAUCACCUUUGGCAGCGAUUACAGCUGUGUGUCGUUCUGGGUAAGUCUCUAAAAGCUUUGCACACCUGGAUUAUGCAAUAUUUUCACAUUAUUCUCUGUCAGCUCUGUCAAGUUGUUUGUUGAUCAUUGCAAGACAGACAUUUUCACGUCUUGCCAUAGAUUUUCAAGCCGAUAUAAGUCAGAACUGUAACUAGGCCACUCAGGAACAUUCAAUGUCGUCUUGGUAAGCAACUCCAGUGUAUAUUUGGCCUUGUGUUUUAGGUUAUUGUCCUGCUGAAAGGUGAACUUGUCUCCCAGUGUCUGUUGGAAAGCAGACUGAUUUUGCCUGUGCUCAGCUCCAUUCCUUUCUUUUUUAUCCUGAACUCAACUCUCUAGUCCUUGCUGAUGACAAGCAUACCCAUAACAUGAUGCAACCACCACCAUGCUUGGAAAUAUGAAGAGUGUUACUCAGUGAUGUGUCGUGUUGGAUUUGCCCCAAACAUAACAACUUUGUAUUUAGGACAAAAAGUGAAUUUCUUAGCCACAUUUAUUGCAGUAUUACUUUAGUGCCUUAAUGCAAAUGGAAUGCAUGUUUUGGAAUAUUUGUAUUCUGUAAGGCUUCCUUCUUUUCACUCUGUCAUUUAGGUUAGUAUUAUUGCAUUAAACUCUGUAACUGUUUUAAAGUCACCAUUGGCCUCAUGGUGAAAUCCCUGAGCGGUCUCCUUACUCUCCAGCAACUACGUUAGGAAGGAAGCCUGUAUCUUUGUAGUGAUCAUCACUGGCUCUGACGCUCGUCGGAUGUGGCAGGGCUUGAAAACUAUUACAGACUACAAAGGGAAGCACAGCCGCGAGCUGCCCAGUGACACAAGCCUACCAGACGAGCUAAACCACUUCUAUGCUCGCUUCGAGGCAAGCAACACUGAAGCAUGCAUGAGAGCACCAGCUGUUCCGGACGACUAUGUGAUCACGCUCUCCGUAGCCGAUGUGAGUAAGACUUUUAAGCAGGUCAACAUUCACAAGGCCGCAGGGCCAGACGGAUUACCAGGACAUGUACUCCGAGCAUGUGCUGACCAACUGGCAAGUGUCUUCACUGACAUUUUCAACAUGUCCCUGACUGAGUCUGUAAUACCAACAUGUUUCAAGCAGACCACCAUAGUCCCCGUGCCCAAGAACUCUAAGAUAACCUGCCUAAAUGACUACCGACCCGUGGCACUGACGUCUGUAGCCAUGAAGUGCUUUGAAAGACUGGUCAUGGCUCACAUCAACAGCAUAAUCCCAGAAACCCUAGACCCACUCCAAUUUGCAUACCGCCCCAACAGAUCCACAGAUGAUGCAAUCUCUAUCGCACUCCACACUGCCCUUUCCCACCUGGACAAGAGGAACACCUACGUGAGAAUGCUAUUCAUUGACUACAGCUCAGCAUUCAACACCAUAGUGCCCUCUAAGCUCAUCACUAGCCUAAGGAUCCUGGGACUAAACACCUCCCUCUGCAACUGGAUCCUGGACUUCCUGACGGGCCGCCCCCAGGUGGUAAGGGUAGGUAACAACACAUCUGCCACACUGAUCCUCAACACGGGGGCCCCUCAGGGGUGCGUGCUCAGUCCCCUCCUGUACUCUCUGUUCACCCAUGACUGCAUGGCCAGGCACGACUCCAACACCAUCAUUAAGUUUGCCGACGACACAACAGUGGUAGGCCUGAUCACCGACAACGAUGAGACAGCCUAUAGGGAGGAGGUCAGAGAUCUGGCCGUGUGGUGCCAGGACAACAACCUCUCCCUCAACGUGACCAAGACAAAGGAGAUGAUUGUGGACUACAGAAAAAAAAAGAGGACUGAGCACGCCCCCAUUCUCAUCGACGGGGCUGUAGUGGAACAGGUUGAGAGCUUCAAGUUCCUUGGUGUCCACAUCACCAACGAACUAUCAUGGUCCAAACACACCAAGACAGUCGUGAAGAGGGCACGACAAAGCCUAUUCCCCCUCAGGAGACUAAAAAGAUUUGGCAUGGGUCCUCAGAUCCUCAAAAAAUUCUACAGCUGCACCAUCGAGAGCAUCCUGACUGGUUGCAUCACCGCCUGGUAUGGCAACUGCUUGGCCUCUGACCGCAAGGCACUACAGAGGGUAGUGCGUACGGCCCAGUACAUCACUGGGGCAAAGCUCCCUGCCAUCCAGGACCUCUAUACCAGGCGGUGUCAGAGGAAGGCCCUCAAAAUUGUCAAAGACUCCAGCCACCCUAGUCAUAGACUGUUCUCUCUGCUACCGCACGGCAAGCGGUACCGGAGUGCCAAGUCUAGGUCCAAAAGACUUCUCAACAGCUUCUACCCCCAAGCCAUAAGACUCCUGAACAGCUAAUCAUGGCUACCCGGACUAUUUGCACUGCCCCCCCACCCCAUCCUUUUUACGCUGCUGCUACUCUGUUAAGUAUUUAUGCAUAGUCACUUUAACUCUACCCACAUGUACAUAUUACCUCAACUACCUCAACUAGCCGGUGCCCCCGCACAUUGACUCUGCAACGGUACCCCCCUGUAUAUAUAGCCUCCCUACUGUCACUUUAUUUUACUGUAUAUAUAGCCUCCCUACUGUCACUUUAUUUUACUUCUGCUCUUUUUUUCUCAACACUUUUUUUGUUGUUGUUUUAUUCUUACUUUUUUUGUUUAAAAUAAAUGCACUGUUGGUUAAGGGCUGUAAGUAAGCAUUUCACUGUAAUGUCUGCACCUGUUGUAUUCGGCGCAUGUGACCAAUAAAAUUUGAUUUGAUUUGAUUUGAUUUGACUGGGUGUAUUGAUACACCAUCCAAAGUGUAAUUAAUAACUUCACCAUGAUCAAAGGGAUAUUUAACGUCAGCUUUUUUUUUUUUUACCCAUCUACCUUCUUUGCGAGGCAUUGGAAAACCUCCCUGGUCUUUGUGGUUGAAUCUGUGUUUGAAAUUCACUGCUCAACUGAGGGACCUUACAGAUAAUUGUAUAUGUGGGGUACAAAGAUAAGGUAGUCAUUCAAAAAUGAUGUUAAAGACUAUUAUUGCACACAGAGUGAGUCCAUGUAACUUAUGUGACUUGUUAAGCACAUUUUUACUCCUGAACUUAUUUAGGCUUGCCAUAACAAAGGGGUUGAAUACUUAUUGACUCAAGACAUUUCAGCUUUUCAUUUUUAAAUAAUUUGUAAACAUUUCUAAAAACAUAAUUCCACUAUGACAUUAUGGGGUAUUGUGUGUAGGCCAGUGACACAAAAUAAAAAUGUAAUACUUUUUUACUCAGGCUGUAACACAACAAAAUGUGGAAAAAGUCAAGGGGUGUGAAUACUUUCUGAAGGCACUGUAUAUUACAGAGUUCAGGAAGUCAGACAAUCAUAGCUAGGUUACUAUUUUCUCUAUUUCAAAAUUGACAUUCAUACCAACGCAGGAGACUCUAAUGGUCUGAGUACAUGUUCUGCUUUGUCUCCAAGUCCCUACCAGAUGAUUAUCUCUCCGUCAUGCUGCCCCUAAAAUUAGGUUUCCAGAGUGGAAGCUCAGCAGUAGAAUUGCUUCUGUAACGUAAAUACAGGCAGCAGAGAGAGACGAUAGAGAGAGACAAAGAAAGAUAGAAAGAGAGAGUGUAGAGAGAGAAAGAGAGAGUGUAGAGAGAGAAAGAGAGUGAAGAGAGAGAAUGAGAAGAAGUGUAUAGAGAGAGAGAAGAAAGAGUGUCUCUGCUAUCGCUCUCGCUAUCUCCCUCCUCCCUCGCUCCCUGAAACAGAGCCUUCUAGGGAAGUGAGCAGCAGGGAGACGUACGCAGGGAGAGGACGCCCCCCAAUAAGAAGGAGAGGGAUAGAGAUAGAGCUCGGGAGGAGCCGACGACACGAGCACCCCCCCCCUCCGCAGCAGACACCCCCGAUCGAAGAGGAGGGGGUUGGGGACUUAACCCCGAAACCCCCUACGCCCCGGGGGAAGAAAGGGGGGCCCAAGAGAAAAAAAAAGAAAAAAAAGGAAAAGGGGGGGGAGGAAGAAGGGGGGGAAAAAAAGGGAGGAAGAAAAAGGGGGAAAAGGGGGAAAAGAAACAGAAAAAAAGAAAGCCCUUUUAAAAGAAAAUUCAAAAAAAGAGAGAGGGGUUGUUUAGGCCAGGGAAAAAAAAAAGAAAUUUUUGGGGGAAAAGAGAAAAAAAAAAGGGGAGGCAAGGGGGGAAAUUGAAAGGAUGAAAAGGGGAGAGGGAGGAAUAGAGGAGAGUUUACCCUUUGCAUUUUUUCCGGCUCAAGAGGCGAAGAGAGAGAAGGAGAGAGAGAGGGGAGAGGAGAGAGAGCGAGAGAGAAAGAGAAGAGAGAAGAUGCAGGAGAGAAGAGAGAGAGAGAUGGAGAGAAGAGGAAAGAGAGAGGUAUAGGAGAAAAAGAGGAGAAGAGAGAGUAUAGAGAGAGAGAAAGAGGAAAGAGAGAGAGGAGAGAGAGAGAGAGAGGGCGAAACAAAAAAGAGAGAGUAUAGAGAGAAAAAGAGAGAGAGAGAGAGAGUAUAGAGAGAGAAAAAGAGAGUGUAGAGAGAGAAAGAGAGAGAGAGAGAGAGAGAGAGAAAGAGAGAACGAGAACAAGAGAACAUGAAAGAAGGGAGGGGUUGUGCCGGUUUAUACACAAAACAGACAGAACCGGAGUUACCUUUCAACCAAGCCAACGUGCCGGUCCAGAGUAUCAUAAUCACCAAAUGGUCCAUUUAGCCUGACUGUUGUACAUUCAGACUGCCAUGCCAGUCCUGUUUGAUGCUCAUGUCGUUGGUUUGUCCUUGUUGCAGGAUCAUGACCCAUCACAACCAGACCACCCAGGAGAUAGGGCAUCCGUCUGACCAUCUGGCCGGGAUUGGGGCCUACACUGCCAGCCUGCACUCACUGUCACGCUACCUCAGUCUGGAUGUUACUAGGCUGGUCAAGAAUGUCCUGCUGCAGCAGACACAGCCACUGGACUCGUACAGGGGACAGUCCAUCACAACAUUCUACACUGACUCAUACAGUCUGACUCAUACAGUCUGA